AUGUCGGCAUCCGAGGCGGCGACAAAGGAUCUACCGGAAGAAAAUGCUUUGGAAACUCGGGCAGCGUCAAUAGGUGCCUCAUGUCAAGUGAAUGAAGAUAAAGUAGCUGCUAUCACUGUCAAGGAGACAGAGCCAAUGGGCGGGAUGGGAUCAAUGUUUCUGUUUCGGCAGUCAGAAAAAGAUGAUCCCAAAGCCAGGGAUGAGGAUGACAAUCGACCAUCCCCUUCUUCCACAUCAAAUAAAGCUGCUGCAGGGCAUGCAGCCAAGUCCAUUCCAUCGACAUCCUCCUCUUCGUUCUCCCCAUCUCCCUCUACCUCCUCAGCGUUGUCCCCUGGCAGAGCGAAGAUGAGUGUUUCUGGGCCUGGUACCAGUAAAUCAGUCCUUCCUCCUGCUCCUUCCUGCUCCUCCUCCUGCCUCUCCAUCACCGCCACAACCACUUCAACUUCUUCUCCAUCCGUCUCCACUGCCCCACCAAAGAUCCACCGAGCCCGUAAAACCAUGAACCGACCACCCCCAAUGCAGAUAAGUCGAGUUGAGGCACCAAUUGUACCUGUCAUACCUUCAGGACCCUCUGCCUGCCUUUCUUCAGACAGUGAAACAAGUGAGUGGAGUUCAGAGUCUGACACACAGAUGGGGUCACAGAGUAAAAAUGGGACUGCUAAGUUUUCUUGUACAGAGCCAGGGCAAAUGAAAGAGAGCGAUACAGCUGAUGGGGUUGAGUCGCUUGGAGUAGUAACAGAAGCAGCAGGCUCUCUUGGAAGGUCCAGUGAGUACACAGAGGUCCCCCUAGGUGCCUUGGACAUUGCUGCUGCUGACAGUCUAACCCUCUCUCCUCAUCAUGAAGGAAGUGAUGCCGGGGAGACGGAGCGGCUGGAGGAGCUGCCCCUGUGUAGCUGCAGGAUGGAGGCUCCACGUGUUGACAGCACCACCCAACGGAUCACCAGACAGUGCAUGGCCACUGAGAGUGUCAAUGGAGAGUUGAGUUGUUGUUCCAAUACCACUGUGAAAGGAGAGACUAUGCGGCCAUCCAGUCGUGUGCCUCUCAUGGUGCUUUGCGACAGCCAUCGGUCACACAUGGUCAAACACCACUGCUGCCCUGGCUGCGGAUAUUUCUGCAUAGCGGGCAAAUUUCUCGAGUGCUGCCCGGACCAGCGUAUCGCUCAUCGGUUCCACCGGGGUUGCGUGACAGUGCUGGGUGGAGGGCGCGGCAGAGGGAAUGGUGGGGGCAUGCUCUUCUGCCCCCACUGCGGCGAAGACGCCUCGGAAGCCCAGGAAGUCACCAUCCCUUCCUACGCCUCUGCAGCGGCCGUCAUCACCAUGUCGGCCUCCUCCACCACCACCCCAUCCCUCCCCCCCACCAGCCUGAUGGCACCCUCGCUCACGGCCUCCACAGGAGGGAUGAUGGAUGGGAAGAAGCCCGAGAGACCUGUCAGUGCACGUAUGCGUAGUCUUGGGGUGCGGCAAUGGGAAGUGGAGCAGCAGCAGCCUGCCCAGUCUGUAGCCUUGGCAGGGCCCAUGGGCACCAUCCCCCCAGUGGAGGAAGGAGUGGAUAGCGUGGGGCCAUCACUUUGUCUGCCCAGUGGAAAACACAUCUGCCCCAGUGCACUUCCACCUGGACCCAGCAGGGAGGCACUACAGAAGGCCAUUCUGACACAGGACAGUGAGAGGAGGAAGAAACUGAGAUUCCACCCCCGCCAGCUUUACCCUGCAGCUAAACAAGGCGAGGUGCAGAGAGUACUGCUCAUGCUGAUGGAGGGCAUAGACCCCACUUGCCAGCCUGACUCACAAAACAGGCGCUCUGCUCUACACGCUGCAGCUCAGAGAGGUCUGUUGGAGGUCUGCUAUAUGUUAGUACAGGCAGGCGCUAAAGUGGAUGCCCAAGACAAGGCCCUGAGGACCCCUCUUUUGGAAGCGAUCAUCAACAAUCACGUUGAGGUGGCUCGUUAUCUGGUCCAGAAUGGUGCCACUGUCUAUCAUGCUGAGGAUGAUGGGUAUACUGGUCUCCACCAUGCAGCCAAGCUUGGCAACCUGGACAUCGUCAAUCUACUGCUGGAGACUGGCCAGGUGGAUAUAAACGCACAGGACAGUGGUGGCUGGACACCUAUCAUCUGGGCUGCAGAACACAAACACUUAGAUGUGAUCAGGGCACUGCUGAACAGAGGAGCUGAUGUCACCAUUAAGGAUAAGGAGAUGAAUGUUUGUCUCCACUGGGCAUCGUUUGCGGGGAGUGUGGACAUAGCGGAGCUGGUGCUAAACGCAGGCUGUUCCCUCUCCUCCGUCAACAUACAUGGAGACACACCCCUACAUAUUGCCUCCAGAGAGGGGUUCCUGGAUUGUGUUACGUUGUUCCUUUCAAGAGGGGGAGACAUUGACAUCAUGAACAGAGAAGGAGACACGCCUCUCACCCUGGCGCGAGCCGAUACACCAGUGUGGGUGGCACUCCAAAUCAAUAGGAAGCUGCGACGGGGGAUAGCCAAUCGUGUGCUGCGGACAGAACGGAUAAUUUGCAGUGACAUUGCACAGGGCUAUGAGAAUGUACCCAUCCCCUGUGUGAAUGCAGUGGAUGAUGAGGGAUGCCCGUCAGACUACAAAUAUGUUUCAGAAAACUGUGAAACAUCAGCCAUGAACAUAGACCGCAACAUCACACACUUACAGCACUGUGGCUGUACAGAUGAUUGCUCAUCCAGUAAUUGUCUAUGUGGACAGCUCAGUAUCCGCUGCUGGUAUGACAAGGACCAGAGAUUGCUUCAGGAAUUCAACAAGAUUGAACCCCCACUCAUCUUUGAAUGUAACCUGGCGUGCGCCUGCUAUCGGACGUGCAAGAACAGAGUGGUCCAGGCCGGCAUCAAAGUUCGUCUCCAGCUGUACAGAACUGAGAAGAUGGGGUGGGGAGUGCGGGCCUUGCAGGACAUUCCUCAAGGCAGUUUCAUCUGCGAAUAUGUGGGAGAGCUGAUCUCUGACGCAGAAGCAGAUGUCAGAGAAGAUGAUUCGUACUUGUUUGACCUAGACAACAAGGAUGGAGAGGUGUACUGUAUUGAUGCUCGUUACUAUGGCAACAUCAGUCGCUUCAUCAAUCACCUGUGCGAUCCCAACCUCAUCCCAGUGCGGGUUUUCAUGCUUCACCAGGACCUGCGAUUCCCCCGCAUUGCCUUCUUUAGCUCCAGAGACAUCCUCAGUGGACAAGAGCUUGGGUUUGACUAUGGAGACCGCUUUUGGGACAUUAAGAGCAAGUAUUUCACCUGUCAGUGUGGAUCAGAGAAAUGCAAACACUCUGCUGAGGCAAUUGCCUUGGAACAGAGCAGGCUCGCUCGACUGGAGGCGUGCCCAGAAUCAGGACCUGAAGUUGGGGUGACUGGGCUGGGAAAUUGCUAGGCUUCCCCAUCAGGCCUUUGGCAUUUAACCCCAUCACUUUUACAUACACUAAGGAGACUUCAUUUUGUAAGCCUGAGCCUUAGAAUGUAUGGUGCGAUAUUGUCUAGUUACGGAAGCUGUUCAUAUUUUUAAAUUCACAGUUGACAAAUAAAUUCAAUGCAUCACUUUAACAUUUACCUGUAAAGUUGCACAGCUACGGUUUGGGUUUAGAAUAACGGUUCUGACAUCUUCUCAUACUUGGAGGGUAACGGUAUUCGGGGAAAAAAGUUGUUUGAUGUAUACAGUAUGUGUUUACUGUGAAGUCGCCAUGAUAUUUUUGCCACCAGAGAUAAAAGUUUGUGCACACAGAGUCUUGUUUGGAAUGACAUUUGUGCUUCCUUCUGUGGCAAGAUACCGUUCAUUUUGAUGUUGUGUAUGAUAAUAGGUUAAUCUUUAGUCAAGCUAAACUCGAAAUGGACCUGAAGAUGGCAUUUAUUACAUGUUUAUGUCAGUGUUGGUUAAUUUGUUUUUUUUGGUUUUGUUUUUUUUUUUUGUGACUUUUUUAUACAUAUAUAUUUUUUGUUUCUUUCUUCAUUCCA